AUGGCCGCAGCAGUUUGGUGGUAUUUCUUCUGCAAAUUAACGGAGCUCUUAGAUACGGUGUUUUUCAUACUCAGGAAAAAAACAAACCAGGUUUCCUAUUUACAUCUGUACCAUCACACGUUGAUGCCGAUUUGCGCUUGGAUUGGAGCUAAAUUCUUACCAGGUGGACAUGGGACACUCUUAGGUGUAAUAAACUCCUUCAUUCACAUAAUCAUGUACAUGUAUUACCUAAUAACGUCGAUGGGACCGCAAUAUCAGAAAUACCUUUGGUGGAAAAAAUAUUUAACAGCUAUGCAAAUGGUCCAAUUUUGCAUCAUCGCCGUCCACAACAUCCAGGUUUUAUUCAGAACGUGCGAUUAUCCAAAAUGCAUAAAUUUCCUCCUCGGUUUUCAAGCAAUCUACUUCUUCUACCUGUUCGGAAGUUUCUACGUGAAAACCUAUAUUCUACCUAAGAAAGUGAAAGAGUCAUCGAACGGAAAAAUAAAAAGCAAUUAGCAAACCAAUAUUUUUCUUUUGCUCAACAUAAUGUAUAUAUAUAUAUUAUAAUUUCUUUAUUAGACGAUGAAGAGAGCUCAAAUUAGCACAUUCCGAAUAUUUUCUUGACGUUUUAAAUUAAGAAACGAAAAAAAAAUCAAAUAAAUACAUAACUUUAUAUAAAUUUACGGUACCUCAGCGCAAUUUUGCGCAUAUUUAUUGUAAAUAAAAACGGUUGUAGACAUUUUUUCUACCUUAUAUUAAUUA